CACUCUCACCCACUCUGCUUUCCUCAUAUCAUCUCCUCCUUCUCUCCACCAUUUUCAUUCCGCCAGCGCAGGGAUAAUCAUCAUCGGCGGGAUUUUGCUACGAAAGUAGUGUGGUUGUUCGAAAAAAGGCUUCAAAAACUGCCAAAAAAAAAAAGAAAAAAAAAAAAAAAGAAGAAGAAGAAGAAAAGAAGAAGUAUUUAUUUGUUUCUUGCCAUCAUGCCACGGAGAUAUGCGUUUGGGAGGGCGGAAGAUGCCACCCACCCUGACACAAUGAGAGCCGCCUUGUCGGAAUUCAUCGCCACUUUCAUCUUUGUGUUUGCAGGGGAAGGCUCUUUACUAGCUCUGGGGAAGAUAUACUACAAGGAUACAGGGACGACGCCGUCGGAGCUAGUGGUCGUCGCGCUGGCGCAUGCAUUCUCUCUGUUUGUGGCAGUGUCAGUCAGCAUGAAUAUUUCCGGCGGCCAUGUCAAUCCUGCCGUCACCAUGGGCACCCUUCUCGGCGGGAGGAUCUCCGUUCUCCGCGCCGUCUUCUACUGGAUUGCCCAGCUUUUGGGUGCUGUUGUGGCAGCGCUCUUGCUCAGGCUUGUCACCAAUAACAUGAGACCAGUGGGGUUCUCCGUAACGGCAGGUGUAGGGGAGUGGCAUGGGCUUAUAUUCGAGAUCAUUAUGACAUUCACGCUGGUUUACACUGUUUUUGCAACUGCCAUCGAUCCCAAACGGGGUAGCUUGGGGACGAUUGCGCCGCUGGCGAUCGGCUUCAUCGUCGGAGCGAAUAUCCUGGCAGGCGGGCCGUUUGACGGAGCGUGCAUGAACCCUGCCCGAGCUUUUGGACCGGCUUUGGUCGGGUGGAGAUGGAAGAACCACUGGAUCUACUGGGUUGGUCCCCUUCUAGGCGGUGGCUUUGCAGGCCUAGUGUAUGAGUACAUGGUGAUUCCCACAGAGGUCCCCCAUCACACCCACCAGCCCUUGGCUCCUGAAGAUUACUAGUUUCGGCCUCUUGUUUCUAUUUGUAAUAAAAUUGCAUGUGGUUUAGGCCUUUGCUUUUGUUUGCUAUCUCACAUCUAUGUUUGGUUUUAUUUAUAUGUUUAAUUUAUGUUUUGGGUCGGAAUCUUCUUAGUUUAUCCAUUGUCUGCAAGUGUUGUACUUGGUUACUUGUUAAUAAAAUGCAAACCUUGUUCCCUUCAGUAA